CGCCUCCUCCGCCUUGCCUGCGAGUGCUCGGAGGGAAGCGGAUCGGUAGUGGCCGGUGCAGAAACGUUGCUUAAGUGGACACGAGAUGACCGGUUCGAACGAAUUCAAGCUGAAUCAGCCACCCGAGGAUGGCAUCUCCUCGGUUAAGUUCAGCCCCAACACCUCCCAGUUCCUCCUGGUUUCCUCCUGGGAUACGUCUGUGCGCCUCUACGAUGUGCCCGCCAAUUCCAUGAGGCUCAAGUACCAGCACACUGGUGCUGUCCUGGACUGCGCCUUCUACGAUCCAACGCAUGCCUGGAGUGGAGGAUUGGAUCAUCAGCUGAAAAUGCAUGAUUUGAAUACUGAUCAAGAAAGUCUUGUUGGAACUCACGAUGCCCCUAUCAGAUGUGUUGAAUACUGUCCAGAAGUGAACGUGAUGGUUACUGGAAGUUGGGAUCAGACAGUUAAACUGUGGGAUCCCAGAACUCCUUGUAAUGCUGGGACGUUCUCCCAGCCCGAAAAGGUCUACACCCUGUCAGUGUCUGGGGAUAGGCUGAUUGUUGGCACCGCAGGCCGCCGAGUGCUGGUGUGGGACUUGAGGAACAUGGGCUACGUGCAGCAGCGCAGGGAGUCCAGCCUGAAGUACCAGACUCGCUGCAUCCGAGCCUUCCCCAACAAGCAGGGUUAUGUGCUGAGCUCCAUUGAAGGCCGAGUGGCUGUGGAAUACUUGGACCCGAGCCCUGAGGUUCAGAAGAAGAAGUACGCCUUCAAGUGUCACCGGCUAAAGGAGAACAACAUUGAGCAGAUUUACCCAGUCAAUGCCAUCUCCUUUCACAAUAUCCACAACACGUUUGCCACAGGUGGUUCUGAUGGAUUUGUAAAUAUUUGGGACCCAUUUAACAAAAAGCGCCUGUGCCAGUUCCAUCGAUACCCCACCAGCAUCGCUUCCCUUGCCUUCAGUAAUGACGGAACUACGCUUGCAAUAGCAUCGUCAUAUAUGUAUGAAAUGGAUGACACAGAGCAUCCUGAAGAUGGUAUCUUCAUUCGCCAAGUGACAGAUGCAGAAACAAAGCCCAAGUCCACGUAACCGUCUGGUGAAAGUGGUGUCUCUGGAAAAGCUCUGUCUGCUUCCUACAAACACAUGCUUCCCUCUAAGGCCUGCCUGUAGUAGCCAUUGGACACUUGGUCUAGUGUAUGGAUUUCUAUGUCUCCUGUCAUAACAGAAAUGUCUCUGUGUCCUGUGAUUGUUUGGAGUGAGGAGGCUUUGUGUCCUUGUACAGUAGUCUGGCGGAUUCUCCUGCCCUAAGCCAUUGUUUGUGUUUGCUAUCUAAAACUGUUAUAUUUUUCUGCUGUCUAAUAAAUCAGAGAUUUGGAACUUUUAAAAGUUGGGUGUUUUUAAACAUUUUGGUGAUUAGGCUUCUCUUAGGCAAAGUAUUCUUUGUCAAGAGACAUUAAAGGUGCUGUUUGACUAAAUGUA